AUGGCUGCCAGCUGGAAUCGGAGCUCGCGGAUGCUGUUGAGUCAGGUUCAACGCAGCAGCGGCGCGAACCUGGCAUCCAGCAGUAGCAGAAGCAUCAUUCGUGCUCGUCGGGCGGCUUCCUCCGCAGCGAGACUCAUCGACGAUGAGGACGCUUUCCCGCUCCACUCUUCCUCAUCAUCAGCAGCUUCGACGAGCUCAAGCACAGGCCUGCACGGCGAUCGCAAAAGGACCUACGGACAACCGCUUCCACAUUCGCAUCCACACUUGUUUCCGCGGCGCGGUGUGCUUGGCUCCGAGGAUGCGAUACUUCGGCCUGGCGAUCGACUUCCGGAUGCUUCGAUCUUCGACGAAGGUAUCGGCCUCGUGGCGACCGAGCAGCUUACGCCGGGCAUUCCCAAAUCCGAAUACGAAGAACGACGCAAAAAGCUCAUGGACCGAUUACCGGACAACAGCGUGGUUGUCGCCAUGUCGGGGAGGGUCAAGAGCAUGAGCGGCAAUAUCUUUUACAAGUUUCGUCAAGAGACCAACUUCUGGUAUCUGACGGGCUUUCAAGAGCCCGACUCCGCCGUGAUCCUCGAGAAGGAUCCCUCCAGCCCACGUGGCUACAAGAUGACCAUGUUCGUCCAGAAGCGAGACGAACACAACGAGACAUGGAACGGACCUCGCACGGGUCUCGAUGGUGCUGUCGACAUUUUUGGUGCAGACGAGAGCCAGGAGCUUGACCCUGCGAUACUCUUGAAUCACCUCAAGCAGAUCCUGCCCAAGUACACACAUAUUUACGUCGAACCACCAACCCAACCAUCGACGCCUCGACGCGGCGCCACAGCGACCACAAAGACGGGCAACGUCCUCAACUACCUCAGCCCACCCAGCACCGGCCCCUUGGACCUGUUCUCCAAAAAGUCCGACUUUGACGCCGUGAUCAAGCUGCUCGGCGACACGCGCAAGUGUCACUCGCUCACACGCGAGGUGGAACGGCUCCGGUUCAAAAAGUCGCUCAACGAAAUCCGGGUCAUGAAGCGCGCUGGGCGAGCGAGCGGCGAAGCAAUGGCGGAGACGAUGGGCUUUGUCCGCCCCGGCGUAUCCGAAGCGCAACUGCAGGCCGUCUUCGAAUACCAUUGCGGCCUCCGAGGGUCGCAACGUCCCGCAUAUGUACCCGUCGUCGCCUCAGGGGCCAACGCGCUGACGAUCCACUACGUCAACAACGACCGUCUCGUUGGGCCGAAUCAGCUGGUCUGCAUCGACGCUGGCGGUGAGCUGGACGGCUACGCAUCCGACAUCACGCGUGCCUUUCCCUCCAACGCCGACGGCAUGUUUUCGGAACCGCAGCGCGAUCUGUACAGUGCAGUGCUCAACGUGCUCAAGUCGUGCACCGCACUUGCGACCGAAUCGCAGUGCUACACGUUGGCCGACCUGCAUCGUCGAUCGGUGGACUUUUUGCGUCAGGAACUCAAGCAGAUCGGCUUUCAACUCACCGGCGGGUCGCUCGAACGCAUCCUCUAUCCACACUACAUCGGACACUGGCUCGGGAUUGAUCUGCACGACUGUGCGUCGGUGGAGCGGACGACCAAGCUGGAGGAGGGCGUGGUGGUGACCAUCGAGCCAGGGGUGUAUGUGCCGUAUGACGAUGCAUUCCCGAAGCAUUUCCAGGGAAUCGGGAUCAGGGUCGAGGACGAUAUUGCCGUGCAGGCGGAUAGCAACAUCGUGCUGUCCAGUGCGGCGCCCAAGGAGGUCGUGGAUGUUGAGGCGGCAUGCAAGCGCUUCUUGGAUCGACAGCAUACGGAUGCCGACAGACCCGGCUGGCAGCCCGAUCUCACGUCGUGA